ACACUCUAUAUAUACGCAAGGGAGGAAGAGAGAAGAAUGGGUGCAGAAAUAAUAGAAGUAGAGCAUGGAGGCUUCAGUUGUUAGUGGAGAUGGUGAAGCUCAAGUCAUCCAGUCUUCCACAGCCAAACGAGGAGGCUGGAUCACCUUCCCCUUCAUCAUAGCGACCAUGGGGGGUUUGUCACUUGCUUGCGGAGGAUGGACAAUGAAUCUGAUGGUAUAUCUCAUAGAGGAAUUCAAUGUAAAGAGCAUAGAUGCUGCUCAAAUUUUUAAUAUUGUGAAUGGCUGCACUGCUCUUUUUCCAAUCCUUGGAGCUAUAGUAGCAGAUUCUUUUCUUGGUUGCUUCUCUGUCAUCUGGAUUUCUUCCCUUUUCUCUCUCUUGGGUGUUGUCCUUAUAACAGUGACAUCCACACAUGAUUCCUUAAGGCCACCACAUUGCGAAACUGGAUCAAGCUUAUGUAAAUCUCCAUCACCCUUCCAGCUUUCAAUCCUCUACUCCGGCUUAGCUCUGGGGUGCUUGGGUGUAGGAGGCACAAGAUACACCUUAGGAACAAUGGGAGCCAAUCAGUUCGAUACCUCGAAAAAUCAAGGCAGUUUCUUCAACUGGUACUUUUUCACUCUCUAUGUGUCCACAAUGGUAAGUGUAACAGCUCUUGUGUAUAUAGAAGAUAGUGUGAGUUGGGUCUUGGGGUUUGGCCUUUCUGUCCUGGCAAACCUCUUAGGGCUGAUCAUUUUCGUGCUGGGAAAUCGGUUUUAUCGCCAUGUGGAGGCCAAUGGGAGUCCGUUUACUGGUUUAGCCAGGGUUAUUGUUGCUGCUAUCAGGAAAAGAAAAGCAUUCUUAUCAACCAAACCUGAAGAUUAUUAUUAUCAAGAUGAGCAACUUGGUGGAGUUGAAAAGGCGGCAGCAGCCCUUGUACCUACUAAAUCCCUGAAGUUCCUAAACACCGCAGCACUGAAAAGUGAAGGGGAUAUCAAGUCAGAUGGUUCCCUUGCAAAACCAUGGAGGUUAUGUACAGUAGAACAAGUAGAAGAUCUUAAAGCCCUGAUCAAAAUUAUGCCACUAUGGUCGACUGGUAUAUUUGUAGCCACUCCUAUAGCAAUCCAGGGAAGCUUAGUAGUCCUGCAAGCUCUCACUAUGGAUCGUCACAUUGGACCUCAUUUCCAAAUCCCAGCUGGCUCUAUGGUCGUUUUCAUAUUUAUCUUCACAGCUGCUUCCUUAACCCUGAUCGAUAGGUUCCUAUACCCGACCUGGAAAAAGUUAUCUGGUCAUCCGCCAACUCCUCUCCAGAGAAUAGCAGUUGGCCAUGUUUUAAACGUGCUGAGCAUGGCAGUGUCAGCAAUGGUUGAAUCGAAGCGGCUAAACACUGCCAAGUCACACCAGAAAGACUCCAUUGUGCCGAUAUCAGUGAUUUGGCUUAUGCCGCCUCUGGCUAUUGUCGGCGUUGGAGAAGCCUUUCACUUUCCAGGACAAGUUUCAUUAUACUACCAAGAAUUUCCUGCUUCAUUAAAGACUACAGCAACUGCAAUGGUUUCUCUCUUUAUCGGUAUUGCAUAUUAUCUGAGUACAGCAAUAGUUGAUUCUGCUAGAAGGAUGACAAGCUGGUUGCCUGAUGAUAUAAAUCAUGGGAGGUUGGAUAAUGUGUACUGGGUGAUAGUGGUUUUGGGGAUUUUGAACUUCACUUAUUUUCUAGUUUGCUGUUAUUUCUACGAGUAUCAAAAUCCACAUAUUGAGGUGGAGGAUAGUUCUAAGUCAGAGAAAUGAAUGUAGAUAUUAAAAAUGCACUGUAUGAAACCCCGAGUGAAUAAAUAAAUUACUAAUCUCUUACAUGAAAAAAA